CAACAUGCCGUCUAACGUACAAGGUGGAAAGGCGUUCGGUUUGCUGAAAGCACAGCAGCGGGACAAACUGGACGAAAUAAACAGGGUGGAGAGGUCUGGGUCCUUUCUGUGUGAAGUUUGCAUGGUCUCCCCGAGUCUGUGUGGGUUUCUUCCAGGAGCUCCGGUUUUCUCCCACAGUCCGAAGACGUGCAAAUAAGGAGUUCAUGGAAGAUCAGAAGUACAGAGAUGAAGAAGAUUUGCCAGACAAGCUGGAUUCCUUCAAAAAUAAAUAUGCCGAGUUUGAUCUGAACGACGAGGGAGAGAUCGAUAUGAUGGGCCUGAAGAGGAUGAUGGAAAAGCUGGGUGUACCCAAGACCCAUCUGGAGAUGAAGAAGAUGAUCUCGGAGGUGACUGGCGGCUCCAGUGACACGAUCAACUACCGAGACUUUGUGAAGAUGAUGCUGGGCAAGCGCUCGGCCGUGCUCAAACUAGUGAUGAUGUUUGAAGACAAGGCCAACAGUGCCAGCUGCAAACCAGACGGCCCACCACCCAAACGGGACAUCGCCAGCCUGCCCUAGUGCACGACCGCACAGCCCAGCAGUCUCCGCCUAUCGUAAAUCCAGGAGACGUAGUGUACAUAUCCUUGAGCUUUUUCCUUAAACCUGUAAAGGAAAAGUCUCUUGAGGAUGGGAGAAGGUUUGAAGGGGGGGGGGGUUAGAAAAAUUAUCUAUAUAUUUGAUGUGAAAGCUCAAACUGCAGAGUUAGUUUUUUAUAAGUCAACAAAUGUAUAUAUUUAUACGGAAAAGGUCUUUUUAAAGUGUGUUUUAAAGAGUGACGUUACAGUACAGUGUGUAACAUUGAACGUGGAUGUAGUUGGUGGUGUAUUUUUUUAAUUAUUAUUAAUUUCUUUUUAGAAUGUAGAGUGUUUGCAUUCCUUUUAUCUGCCUUUAGUGUGUUAGCUAACAAAUUAGCUUGAAACCUUUAAGUCGUAUGACAUUCUAAUGUUCUUAUGACGAACCUUCAGGUUCAGCUGCAUUGGGGCUGUAUUAGUCAGAUGCAUUUUAUAGUACUUAAAUUAAUAUAAGUAAUUGUUUUUAUUCCAUUUCUGUAAGGGAUCAAGAAAAUAAGGGCAUUGCUUCAAAUGAGUAGCAGUUUUGGGGUGGACUGAUCACAGAAAUGUAUUAGCUAUCACAACCUGUCUGACGGAGGGCUGGUAUAUUCACUUAUGAGCUAAAUUGCAUAUAGAUACAGCUCAGAAAUAAGAUCCAAUACAGUUAGCAUCGGCAGAGACUGGAUCUCUGAAGCUGGCUUUAAAAAACAUGCAGCGGGCCGCUCAGGUGGCGCAGCGGUAAAAACACACGCUGGAACCAGAGCUGGGAUCUCGAAUACAUCGUAUCGAAUCUCAGCUCUGCCUGCCGUCUAAGGCCGAGUGGCCACAUGAACAACGAUUGGCCUGUUGUUCAGAUAUGGGCGGGACUAAGCCGGAUGGGGUCUCUCUCUCUCUCUCUCACGACUGGUGCAAUUACGACCUCUGCUGGCUGAUUGAUGGCGCCUGCACAGAAGAUGAGAAAAGAGUGCUCUCAGGCUCAGGCCAAAGACGUGCAAGUGAGGUGAAUUGGAGACACUAAAUUGUCCAAGACUGUGUUCGAUAUAACCUUUUGAAAUUAUGAACCUUGUGUAAUGAGUAACUACUGUUCCUGUCAUGAAUGUAACCAAAAGCGUGUAAAAAAAAACAUGACAUUAAAAUCCUAAUAAAUAAAUAAAUAAUCCUCAUCCCUGGAAAACAAGUCUUCCAUUAUUUUCAGAAUUGAUCUAAAAAAUUGACCGUCUAACCACUAUACAGGUUUUCUUUGUGCGUAAUCACUUUUAUACGAACUCAAGCCAAGAGAAGUGGUUGGAGUUUCUAGACAUUGAAUCAGCCAAAACAUUAAAACCUCCUUGUUUCUACACUCACUCUCCAUUUUAUCAGCUCCACUUCCCAUAUAGAAGCACUUUGUAGUUCUACAAUUACUGACUGUAGUCCAUCUGUUUCUCUGCAUGCUUUGUUAGCCCCCUUUCAUGCUGUUCUUCAAUGGUCAGGACGCUCCCAGGACCACUACAGAGCAGGUAUUAUUUAGGUGGUGCAUCAUUCUCAGCACUGCACUGACACUGACAUGUUGGUGGUGUGUUAGUGUGUGUCGUGCUGGUAUGAGUGGAGCAGACACAGCAGCGCUGCUGGAGUUUUUAAAUAUCGUGUCCUCUCACUGUCCACUCUAUUAGACACUCCUACUUAGUUGGUCCAACUACGAUCGCUCAUCUAUUGCUGCUGUUUGAGUUGGUCAUCUUCUAGACCUUUAUCAGUGGUCACAGGACGCUGCCCACAGGGUGCUGUUGGCUGGAUGUUUUUGGUUGGUGGACUAUUCUCAGUCCAGCAGUGACAGUGAGGUGUUUAAAAACUCCAGUAGUGCUGCUGUGUCUGAUCCACUCAUACCAGCACAACACACACUUAACACACCACCAUGUCAGUGUCACUGCUGUGCUGAGAAUG